AUGAAAUGUUUGGGUGGAUUGAGUAAUGACAUAUUCACAAAACUGCUUGAAUUUGUGAAUGAGUUGCUCCCACCAGGAGCAUCGUUGCCUAAAAAUACGUACGAGGUGAAGAAGUACAUGAAUGAGUUAGGUCUUGGAUACAAGAAAAUCUUAGUAUGUCCCAAUGGUUGUAUGUUAUUUUGGAAGGACAAUGAGAAUCUGGAAACAUGCGUGGUAUGUGGAGUGUCAAAAUGGAAGCAAAAAGAGUCUAUGGAUGAUAGGUCUAGAAAAGGGAAAAGAAGUCCAGCGAAAAUAUUACGAUGGUUUCCGUUAAAGACAAGGUUACAAAGGCUUUUUAUAUCAUCGAAAACUUCUUCACAAAUGAAAUGGCAUGCUAUAGGCCGCAAUAAUGAUGGGGUACUAAGGCAUCCAACAGAUGGCAUGGCUUGGAAGACGUUUGAUUCACAACAUGAUGAUUUUGCCUCUGACCCCCGCAAUGUUAGGCUUGGUUUAUCUGCAGAUGGCUUUAAUCCUUUUGGUAACAUGAGCAUUUCCUAUAGUACCUGUCCGGUUAUGUUGGUACCUUAUAAUUUACCUCCUUGGAUGUGCAUGAAACGAUCAAGUUUCAUGCUAUCGUUGAUUAUACCGGGACCAUCACCACCUUCAAUGAAUAUAGAUGUAUACUUAGAGCCUCUAAUAUCAGAAUUAAAAGAAUUAUGGGAGGUUGGAGCACCAACCUAUGAUGUUUGCUCCAAAGAGAUCUUUACAAUGCGUGCAGCUUUAAUGUGGACGAUAAAUGAUUUUCCUGCGUAUGGUGAUUUGUCUGGGUGGAGUACGAAAGGUCGUUUAAUAUGUCCUUGUUGUAUGGGUAACACACAAUCUAGAUUGCUGAAACAUGGAAAAAAGUUUUCUUAUAUGGGGCAUAGACGAUUCUUGCCAAGUGAUCAUAGGUGGAGAAUGAUGGCAAAAACAUUUGAUGAUAAUUUAUUGCAUCAUAAUCUUGAUGUGAUGCACAUCGAAAAAAAUGUGGUGGAUAAUAUUGUUGGCACACUAUUAAAUAUUGAUACAAAAUCAAAAGAUGGCAUAAAGGUACGACUUGACUUACAAGAGUUGGGUUUGAGACCACAACGUCAUCUAGUUAUAACAGCUGCAGAGAAGACAUAUUUGCCUCCAUCUAUUUUCACAAUGAGUAACAAAGAGAAAGAAGACUUAUUGAAGGUUAUACAAAAUGUAAAAGUAUCAGACGGUUAUUCUUCAAAUAUUUCACGUUGUGUCAAGCUUCAACACCGUAUUAUAGUGGGCAUGAAGAGUUAUGAUUACCAUAUAUUGAUGCAACAACUCCUGCCAAUUGCAUUACAUGGGUCAUUACCUAAGAAGGUGAUAGAACCAUUAAUCAAGCUAUCUGGAUUCUUCAAGGGAAUUUGUUACAAAACGUUGCGGCUCGAAGAUUUGGACCAAUUGGAAUUUAGAAUACCUUACAUAUUGUGCCAAUUAGAAAUGAUAUUUCCACCAUCAUUUUUCAGGGUUAUGGUGCACUUGACCAUACAUUUAGUUGCAGAAUGUAAGCUUGGAGGACCUGUUCAUUAUCGAUGA